AUGGCUCUUUCGAAACAUCUCCUAUCUCUUCUACUAGCCGGUCUCGCAUCCGCUACCCGUGACCCCAAGCGAGGACUUUGCUAUGUUCACAACAAACAGGAACCACAAGACGACAAGAUAUGGGUUCAGGACGGCAGCGACAUCACAUGGUAUUACAACUACGAAGACCAGCCUUCACCCGUAUACAACGACAUCUCCCAAGAACAGUUGGAAUUCGUACCUAUGAUGUGGGGAGUCGGAUCGGACUCCAGCGAUACGACUUUUCUCCAGAAUGUCAUGGGACUUAUAAACGACGGGAUCAACAUUACUCAUGUCUUGGGAUUUAACGAACCAAAUGCCGGAAACGAAGUCGGUGGAAGCAACAUCAAACCAAAGGAUGCUGCUGAAGCUUGGGUUGCCAACUUUGAACCCCUGGGCGAGAUGGGUAUAAAGCUAGGUCUGCCUGCUUGUACAGGCGGAUGGGAUGGUAUGCCAUGGCUGAGGCAGUUUCUCGGAAACUGCACCGAGAUCAAGAGUCGAGGCGGUCCUAACAGGAAUUGUACAUGGGACUUUCUCCCUGUACAUUGGUAUGAUAACUUUGAGGGACUGGCUUCACAUAUUGGUGAACGGCUGGCUGAAUGGCCCAAUACUUCCAUAUGGGUUACAGAAUACGCUUAUGCUCACCAAGACCCCAAGCCCACAGACUCAUUCUUUGAACAGACUCUGAAAUGGUUCGACGAGUCAAAGUUUAUAGGUCGAUACACUUACUUUGGGGCGUUUCGAUCUGAUGUUUCCAACGUGGGCCCCAACGCUGCGUUCCUUUCUAGCAGCGGCUCUCUUACGACUAUCGGGGCGCAGUAUCUAGGACUUAACUCCACAGGCGAAAAUAGUGCAUCACACUCAAACUUUAGCCUCCCUAGUGUCGGGAUUCUGGCGUUGAUAAUGGCUGUGUUUGUUAAGAUUGUCUUAUAG